AUGAUCGGCUGUGGCAUGUCAGGUAUCGUCCAUCUGACACCCUGCGGCACAAUGGUGAAAAAAUCCGUUGCCCAAUGGCGAUCCGACCCCGAGAUGCGCAGCAAACAGAUACGCAACGAAAUUGCGAUAUACAAGCUGCUCCCUCAAAACCACCGACGCCUCUUACGUUUCUACGAUUCAUUUGAUGAUGGCGGUACCAAUGUUUGGAUAACCCUCGAGUAUAUGCCCAACGGGACGCUUGAAGACUACCUCCGCGGGUUUACGUAUGAGGAGUCACGCGACGUGGAAGGGAAAAGUGGCGAGACGCAGGCCGACUGUAAUGCUCGUAUACGUCGCCGCCACGAUUCGCUCCCGCUCCACCAACGUGCCCGUUUAUGCCUCGAGGCCACGGACGCCGUGGUCCUGCUGCAUGCUCACAACAUUAUCCACUCCGACAUCAAGCCCGAGAACAUGGGCGUCGACGCCAGCCUCGGCGUCCGGAUCUUCGACUUUGGCGGCUCAUCCUACGACGGCCAGCCCGUGCUGGGCCUUGAGAGCACACGGUACUUUAUGCCGCGCGAGUCUUGGGACGUUUAUAACGUGACGACCGAUUGCUUUGCGCUGGGCUGUAGCAUCUACCACAUCGUCACAGGGUACCGCCCGUACGAUGCACUGUCCGACGACGAGGUGGAAGCCCGGUACGAGCGACAGGCGUUUCCAGAUCUCUCGGGGCAGACGAGAGAGUACGAGCCGAAACACGGCAAAGAAGGUGACACGGUCGGCAUCAGCCCUGCAACGGGGCAGCUCUUGUUUGCAGACACGAUCCGCAAGUGUUGGUUCGGUGAAUUUGCGACGUCAGCCGAUGUAUUCGAGUCGCUAAAACAGGAGGUUUUGGCCACGUUUAACGACAAGGACCUGGCCUCUAUCGAGACAUCCAGCGGUAUAACUCUACGACGGGAUAAUGCUGAUGAUGGUCAAAAGAGCACGAGCAAAUGA